AUGGAUCCAUCUGAAGAAGCAUCAAAUGCAAUGAAACAACUCGUGGACGAUGCAUCCCAAAUGAAGUUUAUACCUGGGUGUGCACUAAAAAUUUACUUCCGUUCUGCGAAUUCCCUGUUGCAACAGGCAAAUCGCUACAAAGAAGAAAGUGAUUUGGUGAACGCGUACAAAUUCUAUAUGAGAUAUGCCACGCUUGCACUCGAAAAACUACCAACUCAUCCAGAUUACAAGAAAGUUGAACACAAAAACGCAAAAAAUGAACUCUUUAAGAACACUAAGGUCGUUCUUAAUGAAAUGUCAGAGUUGAAACCUAUAUUGAACGACCAUUUUCAAAAAAUUGCCGAGGCAGCACUCGCUGAAACGGCAGCUCAGAAUCGUAUGAAUUCUCAGGUUAAUCAAGCGUCAUCUCCCAAGCCUCCUACGCCUACACAAAAAACCGAGUGGAAUCUUGCUGAACAGUUAAAAGGCUUGCCUUUUCAUCAUCAGACUUCCUCGGGAGCAAUUGUUAUCGAAGAACCACCGCCAAUUACGCAGGUACAAUAUCCCGGUAUUUCAAUGCGAAAUCAGAGCGAUGGAUAUAUAUAUUCAGUUCGAGAGGCACCAUCAAUAACAUCGAUGUCUCCUCCAGCUAUACCUCCGAAAAUAAAGUUUGAACCGCCGCAACUACCACCCAAACCAAGCGAAUACAAUCAUAUUUUGAAUACUCAAUACAAUAAAGAAGUUGAGCCUCCACCAGACUUCGCAGCUUACACUGAAGGUGGUGAAGGUUUGCGAAAAGUGUGCCUUCCAAAUAACAUAAAUGAAACGUUUGUCGGAAUAGCAUCAGGUAAUACUUCCAAGAAUUUAGAAACUUGCGGAAUAUUAUUUGGAACUUUGACGCGUAAUGUUUUUUACGUUACGACUCUCAUCAUUCCAAAACAAACCGCAACUUCUGAUACAUGUACAAUGACUAACGAAGAAGAACUUAUUGAAUACCAAGAAUUACAUGGUCUGAUGAUGCUUGGUUGGAUCCACACACAUCCUUCUCAAACAUGUUUCAUGAGUUCAAUGGAUUUACACACACAUUCUUCUUAUCAAGUCAUUUCUCCCGAGGCAAUAGCCAUAGUGUGUUCACCAAAACAUAAUCCAAAUUUUGGAAUUUUUCGUCUUACAAAUCCACCAGGUUUGCAAACGGUGCUUCAAUGCACUGAAAGAGGAUUUCAUCCACAUAAUUCGGAUUCUAUUAUUGAAAAGGAAAUUUCAUUUCAAGGUCAUGUUGAGAUGAAGAAAAUGAAUUUGGAAAUGGUCGAUUUACGUUAA